AUGUCAAUGUAUACUCAUGAUUCUGUUCUUCGACGUAAAAUAAAACAAACAAUCAUAAUAACUAUAUUUGAUUCUAUUCUCAAUGAACAAUUAAGAAAAUUAUUUAAUGGAUUUAAACCUUUGGCUGUUUAUAAAGCUCAAUUAUUAAUUGAAAAAGAAUUGAUAAUUAUUAAAUUAUUGUUAAACAUACCUAAAGAUUUUUUUCUACAAAAUUAUCUUAAUGAAGCUAUACUUAAAAAUCAAUCAAGUGAAUAUAAAACUGUCAUUCAAGAACAAUUUUUAAUUAAUAUACUUGAUCGUAAACAAUUAACUAAUAUACAAUUUGAAUUAGCACCUAAUCAAAAUAUGCGUCAAUUAAAAGAAAAAGUACAACGAAAAGUUGAUAAUGCUCUUUUAAAAAUGGAUGAAAAUAUGGAAUUAUUUUCUAAACCAACACAAAUAUUAUCUUGUUUAACAUAUAAUAGUUUUGUUAAACAACAUAAAUCUCUAAUGGAAAAUAAUCAAAAAUUAUUAAUCAUAGAUAAAAAUAUAAACAAUGAAUUAUUACCAAAUAAACGUUCAUUACGUCAUAAUUAUAUACAAACUAAAAUACCACGAAAUCAAUUACAUUUAUUAGUUGAACAAGACGAUUGGAAUAAGGAUAUUUAUUUUGAAUUUAAACAUGAACUUAAUAUAAUUGAUUCUAAUAAUUCAUUAGAUCUUAUACGACAUAUAACAUAUAAUAUAUCAUUAUUAAUUAAAGAAAAUGAUUCAAUUUCUGGAAAACCAUGA